UAUGUGUGUUGGUGGAUGUGAGUACGAGGAAGCAGCAGCCGCCAUUUCACAGAGCUUGCCGAAGCUGUCGCAGGGGUGGAUCCUGAGCUGCCGAAGCCGCCGUCCUGAACUUCCGCGCGGGCUCCUCUAAUCCCAUUGUUUCUUUUAGAUUCGCUCGGGCCUAUCCGCCCUCGGAGCCCGAAAUUCGGGCUGGGCGGUACCGUGGCCUGGGCCUAGCGGCUUAACAGUAGCAACAGCGGCGGCAGCAGCAGCCCCCCUCUUUCCGAAUACAAGCACCCCAGGGGCCCGAAAGCCCGCACAGGCGCUUAGAGAAAAUGGCAGACGAUAUUGAUAUUGAAGCAAUGCUUGAGGCUCCUUACAAGAAGACUUGCCUAACGAUAUCUCACCUCUACUCCCAUGAAUUCACCUUUGAUUCCAGUGUGAACUGUCAAUCAUAAGGGCGAGAUGUGUGACAGAGGUGGCAUCAAGCUCUUACAGUCCCAACCCUCCAACGGAAAUGGGCGAAGAUCUCAGGAAUGGCAUCGGUCACAGGAAAUCGAUAGUGGCUGGCUGCUAGCAUGGCCACUUGGGGCUUAGGCAGAAAUAGAGCCAUGGUACUGACCAAAGGGACCAUAGCACAUGGAAUAAAACUCAAAACAGGACUUAAUUCAUGUUUUAUAGAAGUUCUAUUUAACCACUUCAACACUGUAAAUCUGGAUAACUUAAUAUCUAACUAUAUAAAAUAAAAUUUAACAUGUUAAUAUGCAUUUUUAUUUUUGUAUCUUGAUGUCUUAAUUGUAAGCAACAAAGUGGUUAAACACAUACCCAUCUAAAUUUUUUUAUAGCCUUCCGUGUUAAACUAUAAAUAAGUAAUUAGUUUUAAAAUUGUUUUGUAUUUUCUUAUUCCUGUUCCCUUUACCCUUUGACAACUUGAAAUGUUACCACUUCGUCCUCAUGAUGUUCUUCUAUCAACCCUGCUUAGGAUGAGAACAAGUUGAGCAGUGCAAACGGCCAUGAAGAACGUAGCAAAAAACAAAGUUUCUGCCUCCUUGGAAAGCUCUACAUCUCCUUGUGAUUGGAGUGUGGGUUUCAAGAUUCCAGAAGGUGGGAAAAAAAGCAAGAGCAGAAGUCGUAGUCAUGAACGUAAAAGAAGCAAAAGUAAGGAACGGAAACGAAGUAGAGAUAGAGAAAGGAAAAAGAGCAAAAGUCGAGAAAGGAAGCGAAGUAGGAGCAAAGAAAGGAGACGGAGCCGCUCAAGAAGUCGAGAUCGCAGAUUCAGAGGCCGCUACAGAAGUCCUUACUCCGGACCAAAAUUUAACAGUGCCAUCCGAGGAAAGAUUGGGUUGCCUCAUAGCAUCAAAUUAAGCAGACGACGCUCCCGAAGCAAAAGUCCAUUCAGAAAAGACAAGAGCCCCGUGAGGGAACCUAUUGAUAAUCUAACUCCUGAGGAAAGAGAUGCAAGGACAGUUUUUUGCAUGCAGCUGGCAGCAAGAAUUCGGCCAAGGGAUUUGGAAGAGUUUUUCUCUACAGUAGGCAAGGUUCGAGAUGUGAGAAUGAUUUCUGAUAGAAAUUCAAGACGUUCCAAAGGAAUUGCAUAUGUGGAGUUUGUGGAUGUUAGCUCAGUGCCUCUAGCAAUAGGAUUAACUGGCCAACGUGUUUUAGGAGUGCCAAUCAUAGUACAAGCAUCACAGGCAGAAAAAAACAGAGCUGCAGCAAUGGCAAAUAAUCUACAAAAGGGAAGUGCUGGACCUAUGAGGCUUUAUGUGGGCUCAUUACACUUUAACAUAACUGAAGAUAUGCUUCGGGGGAUCUUUGAGCCUUUUGGGAGAAUUGAAAGUAUCCAACUCAUGAUGGAUAGUGAAACAGGUCGAUCUAAGGGAUAUGGAUUUAUUACGUUUUCCGAUUCAGAAUGUGCCAAGAAGGCUUUGGAACAACUUAAUGGAUUUGAGUUAGCAGGAAGACCAAUGAAAGUUGGUCAUGUUACUGAACGUACUGAUGCUUCCAGUGCUAGCUCAUUUUUGGACAGUGAUGAACUGGAAAGGACUGGAAUUGAUUUGGGAACAACUGGUCGUCUCCAAUUAAUGGCAAGGCUUGCAGAAGGUACAGGUUUGCAGAUUCCACCAGCAGCACAGCAGGCUCUACAAAUGAGUGGCUCUUUGGCAUUUGGUGCUGUGGCAGAAUUCUCUUUUGUUAUAGAUUUGCAAACAAGACUUUCUCAACAGACUGAAGCUUCAGCUUUAGCUGCAGCUGCCUCUGUUCAGCCUCUUGCAACACAGUGUUUCCAACUUUCUAACAUGUUUAACCCUCAAACAGAAGAAGAAGUUGGAUGGGAUACAGAGAUUAAGGAUGAUGUGAUUGAAGAAUGUAAUAAACAUGGAGGAGUUAUUCAUAUUUAUGUUGACAAAAAUUCUGCUCAGGGCAACGUGUAUGUGAAGUGCCCAUCAAUUGCAGCAGCCAUUGCUGCUGUCAAUGCAUUGCAUGGCAGGUGGUUUGCUGGUAAAAUGAUAACAGCAGCAUAUGUACCUCUUCCAACUUACCACAACCUCUUCCCUGAUUCUAUGACAGCAACACAACUACUGGUUCCAAGUAGACGAUGAAGGAAGAUAUAUAGUCCCUUAUGUACAUAGCUUUUUUUCUUUCUUGAGAAUUCAUCUUGAGUUAUCUUUUAUUUAGAUAAAAAUAAAGAGGCAAGGGUCUACUGUCAUUUGUAUACAAUUCCUGUUACCUUGAAAAAAUAAAAAUGUUAACAGGAAUGCAGUGUGCUCAUUAUCCCUAACUAGCAAAUCCCACUGUAUACAAAGCUGUUCUCUUGUUCUGCCUUUUAAAUGUACAUGUAGAAAAUUACAUUAAGGAUCUAUAGGAAUAGUUCUAGGGGGGAACAAAUGUGCUUAAUGUAAAAAGGCAGACAGGGAUGUAAUUAUGUUUUUAAUGUUUCAGAAGCCUAACUUUUUACACAGCAGUUAGACAUUUCACGUUUCACUAAUGUUGAUACUUGGCUAAUGGUUUAGCAGAGGUUUCUGGAGUACACAUUUAGUGUAUGGAAAUUCAAGACAGCUAAAGGGCUGUUGAUUAAAAUCUCAUCUUGCUUCGUGAUCAAUUGGCAAGAAAAAGAUUUCAAGAUUACAUUUCUGGAUGGUAUCUUUUCAAUUAAUGUAUCUGUAAAAGUUUCUUUGUAAAUAUUAUGUGUUCUGGUGUGUCUAAGAUUCCAAACAAAAUGAUCCCUGCAUUUCCUCAAGAUGUUUAGUGACAGUCUGGUAAGCAAAGCAGUCUGAGCAAGAAAUAGGAAAUGCAGAAAUAGGUUUUGUCUGGUUGCAUAUAAUCUUUGCUCUUUUUAAGCUCUGUGAGCUCUGAAAUAUAUUUUUGGGUUACUUCAGUGUGUUUGACAAGACAGCUUGAUAUUUCUAUCAAACAAAAAUGACUUUCAUAUUGCAACAACCUUUGUAAGAACCACUCAAAUAAAAUUCUCUUAAAAAGGC